ACCGUGUCAACUUUAUGAUACAUUGCAAUCCGACUAUAAAAACAGGAAUUAAGGGUGAGAUGCGAGGAAAAUAUGGCUGCGUCCAUGGUGCGGUGGUUUAGAGGCUUGUACGUUUUCUUUUUGACUUGUCUUCUUCCUGUUUCGGCGUUCCUGAAUCUGGAGGAGUUAAAUGAGAUGAAAUAUGGCAUCCAGAUCCUCCCGGACCCGGUGAUCGUGGGACAGGCCAAGUCGCAGGAUGUUAUGUUGGUCUCAAACAAAUACAGGCAGCUAUAUGAAUGUCACCUGCCUGCUCAAGCCAUCCGGUUCCACCAAGACCCAGCAGCAGAGCCGGACCCCCAGGGAUACAUUGGACCUGGGAUUCCUGAGCUGCUCAGACCUAUGUAUAGUGCGUCAUGCCUUGUCAAGACAAAAGACUGGUGGACUUAUGAGUUUUGCUAUGGCCAGUACAUCCGACAGUACCACCUAGAGGAUUCAGAGAUCAAGGGCGACGUGCUCUUCUUGGGGUAUUACGAGUCCGAAUUCGACUGGAAUAAUGAAACUGCCAAGACCUCCAAACAGCACAGGCUAAAGAGGUACCACAGCCAGUCUUACGUUAAUGGCUCAAAAUGUGACCUGAAUGGAAAACCCAGAGAAACGGAGGUCCGGUUCCUGUGUGAGGAGGGCUCUGGUGACUACAUCGCCCGUGUGGACGAGCCGCAGUCCUGCCGCUACGUCCUGACAGUUCACACCACGCGCACCUGCCACCACCCCUUCCUGCGCCCGCCGUCCUCUGCUAAACCCCAGGGCAUCGUGUGCCAGCCAGCCCUCAGCCCCCAGCAGUACAUGGACUAUGUCAAAGCGCAAGUCUCUGAUACCAAGCGGAAGGUGGAACAGAUAUCCGAGGAGCUGAAGAGUUUGGAUGAGAUCCUAGCUGGUGACGAGUCCACUGAUGAGGAGGACAGAGGAGGGAUAGAGAACGGAGCUUCGGACAGCACUGACGUGGGCCCUGAUGGAGAGCUAGAUGCCGAAGGAGAACCAGCACCCCUAGAGGACUCGGUCGUUGAAGAUUUGGAGGACAGUCAGUUCUGGGAAGGGAUGACAAAACCAGACACCCCCGCAGGGGCUAAACAGGUGGGCAGUGAGUCAUUGGACCCUCAGCUUGCUGAUGGUGACUUCAAAGAGGAUGUUUUUGGUGAUGAGAAAUUCAACUUCAAAAUUAUCACCAAUCCAUCUGACUUGAUGAAAUUUGUGAAGAAGCUCAAGGAAGGAGGUAAAAAGGUUGCCUCUGAAGAAGAGCGUCAGAAAGGAGAGUCUCAGAAUGAGAAGGAAAGUGUGACUGGGGAGAAGAGAGCAGGACAUCGAGGAGAAGAGGAGGAAAAGGAUGUUCUGGGGGUCAGUGAGGAUGAACAUCUGCUGCAGGAGUUUGAGGAAGAGAUUGCUGACCUUUCUGUGCCCUCUGACCGAAUCGAGGAGAUCAAAGAGGAGAUGCAGAAGGAGUUUGACAACAUCAUUGAUGAGGCUCAGCAGGAGUUGGAAACCGAAGGUUUGAAGGGAGAGUUUGAUCGCAGCCAGGCCACCCAGACGCUGGAGACCACCUUGGACAAGCUUUUGGAGCGCCUGGAGGACAGGGAGGAUGAAGAACGCAGGCCUGAUGGGGGGCAGAAGGUUUCGGAUCCCAGCCGGGGCAGCCCUAGUUCCAUUCCACGCCAGCCAGACCGAGCACCAGUCCAGGAGAAGGUUAAAAUCAGAGUUACUAAGUAUAAACAAGGCAGCAGCCCUGACCGGCAGCUGAAGGUGCAGGAAAUGAGCGAAGGAGAUCCGCAGUUGCAGCAGAUUAAGGACGUGGUUAAAGAGCAGCUAGAGAGAGCUGGACUGAAAGCAGAAGGUAAAAUCGAGGUGAAGAUCCUGACUCGUAGAACGGCAGACGAGGUGGGAGACCAGUGGCUUAGUGAGGAGGACACAAAGUCUUUCCGGGAGCUUCUCAUCAACUUACUGACGGGUGGGACAGAGGAGGUGUACAAGGAGCAGAAACGACAGCAGGAACUGGAGAACAACUACAGGUUCGUGUGGGGAGAGCAACAAGAAGAGACUCAGCCCAGCGGAGCUGCGGACUCUGACGACGUCGACGUGUGAGGAGGUCCGGUCUGAUCUCGGGAUGAAAAGGCCGGAGAGAGCAAGGCGCACUGAGGCACGGCGCACAAAGGCGGAGCCAUUCUGCAGUUUGUCUGACACAAGUUAACGAACGGGAACCUAUGACCAAAAGAUAUAUUUAUAUGGUUUAAAAUAUGUAAUUGAUACACUUUGUUCUGCUGGCUACUGCAAUUGAAAUAAAUAAUAAGUGGUAUUAGGGUCAUGUCUCCAGAUGCUAUUCUCACAGUGGACAAAGAAUCUAAGUUAAAUAUGCCCUAGAAGGAUUACGGAUGCUGGAGAAGUGACGCCUCUUAAAGGGCCCCUGCUUUUUAUUUUCAGGACCCGGAUGGAGAAUGCAGUGCGGGCUAUACCUUUUGUGGCUUUAAGUUUAAGGGAUAUUGAUCAUUUUUCCUUGUUUGCAAACUUAAUGGGGGUCUGAAUCCUCUGUCUUGUUUAUUGCAUUAUUACAGUAACAGUACCACCCCCUCCAGGACUUAAUGCGUGAAUAUUCUGUUCAUGGUGCUGAUUUACAUCUGUUUUUUUUUUUUACUGAGUUCUAUGGAAGGCGUUUGACUGCUUGUUUGCGUACGCAACAACAGUACAACAUAGGUUUGCUGAGGAAUUAAAGGGAGAACAAUUACUUCGUCAGAUUAUGUGAGGCUACUCCCCAGUCAAAUUUUAUUUUAUAGAAAUCAGUGAUUAAAACUAAACUAAAAAGCUGUUUGCCCCAUGCCAUUUUAGGGUAUGUCUCCGUAUGUCUGUCUGAUGAUAAUUGUUGUUUUUUCUUUUUUUAGUGGAUUGUAUUUAAUACGGAUUUUCUGAGCCUUUAUGGAAAUCGUUCCGCUGAGCAUAACCAUGCAUAACCGUAAACAAUCACCUCGUGACCGCAGCGACUCAUCGGGAUGGUGUAACGUGAGCUGGGGCAUCCAAGGGCUGCAGCUCGUUCUAGGGGCUGGAUCCCUCUCGAAAAUGCGCACAGAAUAGCCAAGGAAUUUCUCUAUGAAGGUUAAGAAUAUUAAUACUUUCCCCAUGGUUUUAAUUAGUAUCACUAGCGAUGUUAAUGAGGUUUUAAAUCAUCACUCGCAUGAAUGUCCUGGGCUGGCUAGUUGGCAAAUAUGUUUUACUAAGAAUAGUAAUACGCAGUGCUGUUUGAUAUGGUUGCCCCCGGCCCCCGCCCCCCCUCCGACAUGUUCUGUCCGUAUUUCGGACUCCUGGGAAAGUGAAUGAUUUUGUUUGUCUGCAAUCAAGUGGCAUUUCAGUCUGCCAUUACCCCUACAAAGUAGAUAAGUAGAAAAAGUCUUUGUUCAGUUUUGUGAAUGGUGAUACCAGUUUAAAGUCUGUACUGUACAUAAUUUUGCUUCACGUGGGAGGGGUUUGUGACCAUUUCUGUAUGCACAGUCAUUUGCCAUGGGAUGGAAUUACCGUGUCAUUAAAAUAAUCUAAUCUUUCUGA